AUGUUUGCAACUAAUCCGUUUACCUUUGUCAGUAAUAAAAUCGCUCAUGGUGUCGAUAAGGAUUCCGCUGAUAAGGCACCAGCGAAAGGUAAGGGAGAAAAGUUGUCAUCUGGACCAGCCAAACCUUUGGACCUUGUGAAUGCAAUUCUCGCUCAGGCAUCACAAGAAUCUGGACCAAAAGGCAAAGACUCCACUCAUGACAUCACCACCAAUCCUACGAAUGAUGUACUAGAGGUUACUGAAGGGACAACCUUCACCCCUGUCCCGACCAAAGGUCCGGCCACUGAACAUACAAUCACUUCUUCAUCAGUUGGAACUGAAGUUGAAGGAGCCUCUAAAGUGACUCCCACGAACAAGGCCCCAGUUAAAGCAACAUGGACAACGUUCACAUUUGGACCGACCACAUCUGUGGACCCUAUGAAUGCAAUAACGCCUGCAUCAGAUGAUUCUGGAGCGAAAGGAGCUGUCAUUCCAACAGCAACUAACUACAGUUGGUACGAGACUUUAGACUUCAACUAUGCAGAUAGAGGCUCAGGCACGGUCAUAGAAGGUACUAACCGCAAUUGA